GCUACCCCUCAUGUUUAAAAUUUCAAUAAGUAUAUAAAUACAUGUCCAUGCGUAGAACUAAGAUAUAAGAAAAUGAAGGGAAACUUGUGGUUGAUUGCUUUGUUUUUGGUUCUCUUAUUGGCAAUUUUCUCGUGUGCAGCUUCAACUCCACCAUACGAAAUCCGCAAGCUUUUGAAUAUAAAAACACCACCUAAUGGUUCAAGGCCCGCACCCCAAUUUCAUUAGCAAGCGUGAAAGAAGAACACUAGAAUUGCCGUCAAUGGGUCGUGGUGGAGAAUAUCACGAGGAGCCCAAAGUGAAGUUCUUCCCGGUCCUGCUGUUCAAAACUGGGAUGUUUUACGGUUGGUAAUACUUUCUCUUUGGGCCGGGUCAAAUGUAUGUUGGAUUGGAGACUGAAUUCGGAUUUAAAACCGGUUACCAGCUUACUAAACAAAAACCGACAUUUCAUUUUUGUUUUUGUUUUUGUCCGACAUUUCUCAGUUGAGUAUAUUGAAUUGUGUAAAUGUUAAUAAAUCAUGAUUGUAAAUCGAAAAUGUCAAAAGUGUGUAGAGUCCCGUUCCAAAGCAUAAACUCGGUAGGGAU